CAUUCCGCCCAUCCUCGAGCUCAUUUCCAUUAUCAACCAUCCUCUAUCUCUCUCUCGCCACUGGGCUCCGCCUCCGCAUUGGAGACCCCCGCUUGGCCCCGCAUGUCGCCAGAACCAGAAUCAGAUAACAGCAAGCCGCUCUCGCGCUCCAAGCUUGCGUGCACAACUUGCCGAGCGAUCAAGGUGCGAUGCAUCCGGACCGCCGAUGGUAGUGUUUGUGCACGUUGUAGUCGAUAUGGGCUGCAGUGCGCGGACCCGCCAGUCAUCAAGCGCAAAGGGCGUCCGCCGAACUCUGCUCGCCGACAGCUGGAAGCCCAAAACAACGCGAAUGCGGAUGCGCCUUCCUACAUGCAGACCCAAGCGAUGUUCCCUCAGGCAUACCAGCCGCCAUCCUCGUCGCCGGGUAAACACGACCUUUAUCCAAUGUCCUUUCCAUACGCGGGCAUCUCACCGCCCAUUCCUACAGCCAUGGCGCAAGCUCAAAGCCUGGUGGAUCUGAGUCGGUCGGGGCCGCACAGCGCGUCGACCACCACCGUGUCGCCCACCAGCGGCAACUACACCAGCUCGAGCCGGAACCAGAAUCUCAACAUGGCGGAAUUCCUCGACCCCGCCGAAGGGAGCAGCGCCAAGGCGCCGUUCUACUCGAGCGCCCCAGCACGACGUGGGUAUGCACCCGAGCCGGACGAUGAGGGCAUGAACGAGACGGACGACCCAGUGUCGCUGCACGCGCUCAGCGAGGUCGAGGCCAACCAGCUCGUGCAACUAUUCAUGGAGCGCCUCAACCCUCUGGUUGCUGUGCUUGACGCCCAGCUCCACACUCUCGAGUAUCUGCGCCGUACAUCCAGCGUCCUGUUUUCGACCGUUCUCGCCUCCUCGGCUAGGUUCUUCCGGCAAGACCUGCACCCGGCUCUCAUCAGCCACGCGCGCACUGUGCUCGAUCGCGCAUUGCUCAGCGGCCUAUCCGAGAUCGGCGUGAUCCAGUCGCUCAUGAUCAUGACAUACUGGAAGGAUCCGGAGGACACGAGUGGAUGGAUGAAAGUUGGAAUGGCCAUCCGUCUAGGGUACAGCCGAUUUUGGCACAUUCCUCGGCACGACCCAUUACCGGACGACGAGCGUGAGGCUCGCAAGCUGCUCAACGCCGAGAGGACCUGGUUCUGUUUGUUUUCUUUCGACCGAGGACAAUCAUACAUCCACGGCCUGCCGACGACUAUCCGGUUGAAUGAUCACUCCGACCCUGAGAUCUGGGCGCGAGGCCACCUGCACCUUGGCCCGAGUGUCGAUAUGCACAUUGCGGCAAGUAUUCAGUGAGCUAUCACACCGCACGCAGCGCUCACUCAUUAGAUUGUGCAAGCUCAAAGACCACUGGGGGACACUUCACAAGUCGGCUCACCACGCUUAUCUCGAUGUCGCGAUCGAAACGCUCACCGCGCAGAGCGAGGCGAUGAUCAACAAGUGGUUCAGCAAGGAAUUCGAGCAUGUGCUCCUCUGGUCGAUCCUGGACUU